AUGGAAGAUGUAGUUUGGGUGCUUCAUUUCCCCAUUCUCUAUAUUCCAGGCUUCCUGUCCAGAAGUAGGGGAGAGAAUCUAACUGUUCUCACACUCUCACUUUCAGUGCUGACAACCAGAUCCCAUGUGACCAGUUCUCCUUCCCCUGCCGCCUCGUAUCCAGUCUCCUGUCCAGGCCCCUCCUGCCCUGGCAGCUGGAUCGGGUACCGAGGGAAAUGCUAUUAUUUCUCAGAGAUGGAAGGGAAUUGGACCUACAGCCAGAGCCAGUGCUCAGCACUCAGUGCCUCCCUGGCUGUGAUUGACAGUGAGCAGGACCUGAUUUUCAUGCUGCACUUUAAAGUCAGAACAGAUCCAUGGAUCGGCCUCCGGAGGGAGCCCGGUCAGGGGUGGAAAUGGCCCAACGGUUUGGAAUUCAACAACUUGUUUGUCAUUCGAGGGGAAUCCGACUGCGCUUUCCUGAGCGAAGACACCGUCAGCUCUUCGAGAUGCUACAUUGAGCGAAACUGGAUCUGCAGCAAACCCGAUGCCUAUGCAAAGGGAACUGAUACGAGGGGGGGCUCGAGAGUCUAAAAGUUAAAAUUGCAGCUCUGCUUUGAAAUAAGAUUUUGAAAAAUGGCAUUGGAGGGGUGAUAAAUGAAGAGGGGUGGGCCCCCACUUCCUGCAUUCGAAGCGCCAGAGUGGGGAUUCAGCCUUGACUGGAGGUUUCAGGGUUAUUACUUCUCAGCAAAUCUAUCAAACGUGCCCAUGUUCAAGGGAAAAACUGCAAGCCAAAUUUUCCCCACAGUGACCCCGCCCAGGAAACCUCCUCACCCAGUCCUCU